AAAUACACUCCCACAGCAAACAAUAAUUGUACCUGCCAAGUACGCACAUCUGUACCUCUCAAUAACCUUUCUGUGUACACUCUUGGCCUCCAAUAUUUAUACCCCACUGCCUCUUUCUCUCCCCUCAUCUCCCCUUACUUUCUCUCACUAAAACCAAACACCUCUCUCUCACCACAUUCGAGAUCAUGAAGAAGCUCAUGAGAAGAUUAUCCAAAGUCGGCGACUCGUCGCAGUACUGCCUGCUGAGAUCCCAAUCGAGGGGCGAGUCGCUGCGGAAGCGCUCCUACGGCGGCGUUCCGGAGGGGCACCUGCCGGUCUACGUCGGCGAGGAGAUGGAGCGCUUCGUCGUGAGCGCCGAGUUGUUGAACCACCCGAUCUUCGUGAUGCUGCUCAAUAAAUCGGCGCAGGAAUACGGAUACGAGCAGAAAGGCGUGCUGCGGAUCCCCUGCCACGUGUUCAUCUUCGAGCGCGUGCUCGAGGCUCUCCGCAUAGGUGUCGCCGACGCGAUCGACGCGCAGGAGCUGCUCAAUUCGCUCACCGAUGAGUUGUAGCGCCGCCGACCACGUAUUAAUUAUACUAGAGGCCACGAAAUUUUCUGAUGUUAGAGCUGUGGUAUAAUUUUUUUUUUCUGAAAAAAAAUUCCUCCUUUUUUUUAUCUUUCUGGAAGAAACAUUUCCUUUUUCUUUCCGACUUCUCGAUUGUAUAUACUUUGUUGUGAACAAAGUGGAGAAGCGGAAAGGCUAGGGUUCUGUUGAAGGUGUAUUUUUGCCUGAUGAUGUAGAAAGUUAUGACAGCGAAACAGGAUUAAACGUAUCUUUAUUCA